UGCAAGUUACUAAAUGUGUCACACACGCGCGCGCACUCUCUCUCUCUCAGAACACCCCUCGAUUCCCCCAGCCCCUCUUCAAUCGAUCCCUUCCAUUCAGUUGCGGUUAUUUGGCAGCAACUGUCUGGACUCUUUUUUUGGCGCGUUAGUAUUUCCGACUAUUGUUUGGAGCGUUAGUUUAUGUAUCUGUCACAAAAAAAAGCGCGAGAUGUCAUGUGAGGUGACCUGCACCCACGGAGCCAACAUGUCACGCCAUGCAAAUGAGUUCCAGGGUGGCAAUGCUCCAACGUGACGAUCGACUGCUUCUGAGAAACCAUGGAGCAACUGGAGGAGGAACUGACGUGUCCGAUCUGCUGCGGUCUCUUCGAGGACCCACGCGUCCUCCUGUGCUCGCACAGCUUCUGCAGGAAGUGCUUGGAGGGUCUCCUGGAGGGUCCCCGUGGACUGGCUUUCACCAGAGCCCCAUUCAGGUGCCCUACGUGCCGCAAAGAGAGCCCGCACAACGGCGCCAACAGCUUACAGGUCAACUACUCCCUGCGAGGCAUUGUGGAGAAGUAUACUCGGAUCAAGGUGGCGCCCAAGACGGGUGUGUGCGCCCAGCAUAACGGCCAACCCCUCAACAUGUUCUGCGCCACAGAUUUGAGGCUCAUUUGCGGUUGUUGUGCAACCGCAGACGAGCACAGAGGGCAUGAGUUUUGUUCCCUUGAGGAGGCGUAUGAAAGAGAGAGGUGUGCGUUUGAGGAUCUGCUCCGAAGCGCGGAGGGGUGGCCCAGUGCCGGAGCCCUCGCCCGCUUGGAGACGCUCCAAGCCACCAAGAAGAAGGCUCUUCAGGCGGUGAACGAGGACGCGCAGAGGGUCUCCGACUACUUCGACACACUGGUCUCCGCGUUGGAAUGCAAGAAGAACGAGAUCCUCUGCGACUUCGAGACGCAAAGGCUGGCUGUCAUGCAGGCGCAUGACCCGGAAAUCACCCGGCUAAGAGGCACGCUGGAGCGUCAGCGCAGCGCUCUCACAGCCGCCGAGGCGUUCCGAAGGGUGACCGAGCCGCUGGGAUUUCUGGAGCACAUGCACGACUUCCGUCAAACGCUGGGAGUUCUCAAAACAGAAGAGGAGGAGGGAAGGACGCCACCCAAUCAGAAAGUCACCCGGCUGGUGCGCAACUUCGACGUCCGCAAGUGGGACGCGGUGAGGCUGCGUGACGUGGACAAAAUGACUGUGCCCUAUGAGAAGGAAGGCGAGGAGACAGCGGGGUCACGCAGAUUCAUACCCCGGCUUCUCCUGUUCUUUGUGGCGUGUUUGGUGCUGGUGCCCAUCCAGGGUGGCCUCCUUGUCCUAGAUGGAGUGACAGAGCACCUGGAGGCGGUGACUGCUGCAGCCCGGGAGCUCCUACGGGAGGUGUCCAGUGUUUCCAGUCGGCUGGUGGACGUGGUUCAGCAAUGUAUCGCACACUUAAUAGACUCUGCUGUCGCUUACAUUGGCAGCUGUAAAUUGAUAUAAACGAGUUAUUUACAGCAAGGAAACCACUUUUUGCACCAUUUUGCGGGAUCCCCUUUGGAGUCAAACAGGUUACAUUCAUUUCCUAUGUUAAAUACUGUAUGUGCAAUCCUUUUCUUACUAAUAUGCCAAAUAAAACACCACCAUCAGACGUGCAUGCUUGUUUUGUAAUUUAAGUUCCAACAUUUGAAUUUAACGCCAAAUAAAUCUGUCUCCUCCACUCACGCAGUGAUGCUGUAACCUCUUCAAGGUGACAUUGCAUAACAAGGCCUGCGUGAAAUAUUCAGCAGGCUGCACAAAAAUGAAUAAACCCCCCCAAAAUAGCAUCUAUUCUCCUCGAUAGUAAAAAAACAAAUGCAAACAUUUUCUACGUAUUUGCAUUAGCAUUGUUUAUGUUAAAGUAUAGAAAAUAUAAUGUCGGUAAUUGCCUAAAAGGGACAGGAUGGUUGAAGUGUGUGUAAAUGUGAGUUAUGUGUGCAAAAUGUCUUUUUUGUUAAGUAGGUCAAUGAGCGUGAUCUUUGUUUUUAAUAAUCUGUAAAGAUGUUUACAAUUAUAUGCAAAAAAGAAAAGCAUGUGAUCAGAGCACAAGGUGAUGUCAGCCGUGACACACACACACCACAUACAGCGUGUGUAUAUACUGUGUAUGUAUAUAUAUAUAUAUAUAUAGACCUCCGUUACCAGGCAAAUAUAGAAUCAAAAUAAAUGCACCACUUUUAUAUACAUUCAUACUUUUUUAAUUUCAGUGGGCAUCCAAACAAAUGGAAUUUUUUAAAUAUACAAGGAAAUAAUGCAAUCUGUGUCAUUUUAGACGAAACCAAAAAUGAACGCACAUAAUGUAAUUGUUAAAAAUAUGUAACAUGUUAAUUUGUCAAACUAAAAGAGCUAUUACAACAAAUAUCACAAGUCCAUACGUAAGCACAGAUCUGACACUUCAGUACCAAAGGUGAUGUUAUUUAAGUUUAAACCCCCCUCCCCCCCCCAACACAUUAUUUGUAAUAUUUGACUUCCCAGUGUCGUGCAAUUUAAAAUAAAUGUAGAACCUUGAUGAAAUAUGAAUGAAAAAAUGUGCUUUUUGUAACACGUGCAAUUUCACCCCCCCCCCCCCCCCCCCCCACACACACACACUUGACAUCUUAUGUCAACAUAAAAAAGGCCUAUUUUAAAAUGAUUGCAUUUUAGAAAAUGCACAACAUUGAAAUAAAAGAUAAUAAAUUGUGUUAUAAAAGGUAUACUGUAUGGAAGACAGAGUAGAGUAUUUGUCUUAGUGUACUCCGCAAUAAUGCUUCAAUGAAAGUGCUCGGAUGCACAUAUUCUUUUCUAAACGGCAAUAAAAUGACGGAAAGAAAUUUGUGCAGGUGAAAAUUAGGGGGAAAAAUAUACAACUCUAAAUGAUAUAUCGCAUUUUGAAUAAUACAAUGCAUGUUCUUACAACAAAAAGCUUCCGAGGCCAAAAUAUGAAGUGGAGAAGGCCCGAUGAGAGCAAAAAUGCACGUAAGCAGCAGAAUAUUUACUGCUUUUACAUUUACUGUUGCCUUUCAUCACAGUUUCAAUCGUCACUGAAUAUAUGGUUAACUUUUUUUCUCCACAACACGACUGUUUUUUUAUGACAUUAAGACAUAAAAAGGCCUGGAAAUUCCACGUCUGAUUGUAGAUAAAAAUAUAUAUAUAUAUAUAUCAGCAACGUUAUUUCAUUGAGCGUAAUAUAAACGUACACCCAAAACACAAUGUAAAUACAGGGAAAAAAGUCCCUCAUAGUCGGAGGAUGAAGCUUUUACUCUUUUCAAAUGCAAAAUGAAUCUUUCUUCUGUUAUAAAUGACUGAAAUGAAAUGAAUAAAUAAAAUGGAGAAGAAAGCUAAUGGGGUAUAUAUGAAUACAAUAUAUCCAGGCCAGAAAAUAAAAAUAUACAGAAAUUGAGAUAUAUAUAUAUAUACAGAAAUUGA